AUGUUCUGUGAGCUACCACAAUUUGGCAGAUGCUGCUUUUGCUUGCCCUUGAGAAGGGGUGUUUUGGCGUUUGGAUACUUAAACAUAGUUUUCUCCAUAUUUAUCCUAGUGGUUUGUAGUUUAUUAGUGCAUAACAACGUCAGAGUUGUGCUGGUAUACCGUGGAGUAACGACGAUUCAGGCAGAGCUAUGCUUAACGAUAUACUGUGUGGAUACUUUGUUCAACGUAUUAUUAGUAUACGGAGCUCAUAAGCAAAUUGUAUCUUAUCUGAGGUAUUUCUACUAUUAUACUCUCUCUACGACCAUAGCGUUGGUUGUAAUAGAAAUUCUAACUAUGAUUGACCAUUACUAUAACUUGAGCGUCUAUUACCAGAUAGCGACGCUUACUUUCUUCUUUACAGGAUUAUGCAUCCAUCUCUACCUGCAGUUCUUAGUGCGAAGUCUUAUGUACAGGAUAGAUAAUUCAGGAUGCGCACACGAGAAUCAACUCCACCAGUUCGUCAACGGAGAAUUGAAAGUUGAAGGAAAAUGUCCCAGCACGGUUGUGCCUAUUGAAAAUGCG